AUGUCCGAUAGAUACAGACCACCAGUGGGACCCAAAGGCCAGCGAGCUCCGCCAGGGCCAAAAGGCAACUGGAAUGGCUCCAGCUCUAAGCCUUCUCACAACGGCCUGGCUAACAAGAGGUACAAGGAAAGAGAUAACUAUAGGCCCAACUUGAUUGACAAGGAUCGUCCACAUGAUGGACCAGAGACUGGUAGCCAUGAAAGGCCAUCGGGUCCUUCUGGGUAUCGGGAGAAAAGAGCACAUCCAGACAGAGGUGACGGUCCCAACAAGCGAAGAGACUUUCAGCGAGAAUCCAGGGAUGCGAGAGACAAGGAUGUGGAUGUGAGGGAUUCCAGGGGAGGUACUAGGCAAACAAGAGAAAGAGACCCCAGGGAAAGAGAUCCAAGGGAAAGAGACCCCAGGGAAAGAGAUCCAAGGGAAAGAGACUCCAGAGAUUCUAGAGAUUCCAGGGUACAUCCUAGAGGUCCUCGAGAUCUUAGAGACUCAAGGGACCCAAGAGAUUCUAGGGACUCAAGGGAUUCUAGAGGUCCACGAGAUUCUAAAGACCCUAGAGACCCUAGAGACCCUAGAGUUUCCAAGGACCCAAGAGAUUCCAGAGAUCCAAGAGAUCCAAGAGAUUCUGGAGACAGGAGAAAUGGUCCCAAGGGCUCAGAGAAACCUCCAAGAGGGCCCAAAGCCAACGACCGCAACCAAAGAGAAAAGAAAAAACCUCAAAGAGCAAGACCUCCAAGACUCGAACCCUCUCAAAUAUACCUGGUGUACUCCAUGAGAGCGACCGAACUUUACCAGCGGGUACAACAGGUCGGUGAAGGUACGUAUGGAAAGGUGUACAAGGCGAAAAACGAGCUCACGGGCGAAUUCGUGGCUCUCAAGAAGCUUCGACUCGAGAGCGAACGUGAGGGAUUCCCCAUCACAGCAAUGCGUGAAAUCAAAUUGUUGCAAAGCUUCGAUCACCCUAAUAUCGUGGGCCUAUUGGAAAUGUCUGUUGAACACAACCAGAUCCAUAUGAUUUUCGAUUAUUUGGACCAUGAUCUUACCGGUUUGCUUACGCACCCAGACCUAAAUCUUACAGAAGGUCACCGCAAGAUGAUCUUCAAGCAGUUGAUGGAAGGUUUGAAUUACCUCCACACGCGUCGUGUCAUUCACCGUGAUAUCAAGGGCUCCAACAUCUUAUUGAACUCCAAGGGUGUUUUGAAAAUUGCUGAUUUUGGGUUGGCUAGGAACAUGAAGGUGUUGGCUGAAGGAGACAAACCAGACUACACCAACAGAGUUAUCACCAUCUGGUACAGACCCCCGGAGCUACUUCUAGGAUCCACAGAUUAUGGACGCGAGGUUGACAUAUGGGGUGUAGGUUGUCUCUUGAUGGAGCUUUACACCAAGAUUGCCACCUUCCAGGGAACUGAAGAAAUUUCUCAGCUACACAAGAUCUUUGAAAUCAUGGGUACGCCGACUCUCGAGAGCUGGCCCGAUAUUGAAAACAUGCCGUGGUUUGAGAUGUUGAAGCCUCGUGUUAACAUCAAGCCAAAGUUCGAGUCGGAGUACAAACAUCUACUUAGCGAGGAAGGGUUCGAUCUUGCACUGAAAUUACUUGAGGUGGUUCCUUGGAAGAGAAUCACAGCUAAGGAAGCUCUAGAACAUGCAUACUUCACGUCAGAUCCGAAGCCAGAGCCUCUCACCUUUAUGGAAACUUUAGAAGGUGAAUGGCAUGAGUUCGAGACCAAGAAGAGAAGACGUGAGGAGAGAAAGAGAUUACAGAAUCUUAAGACCUCAAAGGGCAAGGAGAUGUCAGUACCUCCCUCGCAGCCUAGGUUGCCUGCAUCAACUGGAGGUAACUCACUCUCAGAAACACCUCUCGAGUUUGAUGUUAAAGACACGGGUUCUGUACAAGAUGUCGAGAUGGAAGAGAGAAACGAUCUGAAACAGGAGAACCUAGUUGAUGUUUCUGGAGUCGUUGAUGUUACCAAUUCUACAAUAGUUGCCAAAGCUCCUGAAGUCACCAGUGCCGCUAAUGCUACUACAGACGCUUCCGAGGCUGCGGAAACUACAAUUACUGAUACGACAAUGGGCGAAACAACGCUGACAGGGAUCAUUACAGCAGAGACAGGUGAACUGGCAGACACGAAAUCUACUAAAGUUGAAGCAGAACCGGUUGGAGUAGCCAAAGAUAUUGAUUCUACUGAUGCUACAGAUAACGUCCAUAGAAAAUGA